AUAAUGAGGCAAUGGAGGCUUAGUUAGCACAACUAUUUUUUUUGCUUACACUAAAUUCUGCCAAUCAGAUAUACAAGACCUUUUUUUUUUUUACUUUGAUAUAAACAUACAAUGAGUGAUUGGGGUAACGAGAAUACGCGAAAAAGUAUACACAAACAUGGAAGCUGACGAUAUCGAUGAUAGAAGAAGAAUUCGAUAAUGAUGUUGUCGUUAACAGCAAGCCUAAAAUGGCCUGGGACGACGAAGAAGACAGUGAUGACAACACAAACAAUGUAAGGGAAUCUUGGGACGACUCCGAAGAGGAAGAAGAACAAGUCCCAAAGAAGGCCGAAGAAAAGAAGACUGAAGCUGCUAAGGCUCCUGUCAAGAAAAACUUAACUUUGAAGCAAAAAAUUGCUGAAAAAGAAGCUUUAUUGAAGGAACAAAAAGCAAAAAAGAUUGCUUUGGCUAGUCGCUUCAUGGAAGGUGAAACUGAAGAAGAGCGCUUUGAGCGUGCCCAACAAGAAGCCGGUGUCAAGAAGGCCGAAUUUACUGGUCUUGAAGCUGAUGCUCCCAAGAAAGUGCCUGCUAAGCCUGUUGAAUCUGUUAAGCCCAGAACUCGCGCUGAUUUUGAAGAAUUCAAGAAAUUAUUGACUGAUUUGAUUCUUCAACAAAAGGAUCAUCCCAACUACGCUACGUUUCUUGAUCAAUUUGCCAAAGAUGUUGCUCAACCUAUGAAAGACAUGGAUGUCCGUAAAGCUGCUUCUAGUUUGACAGCUCUUGCUAAUGAUAAACAACGUCAACAAAAGGAAGCACUCAAGAGCAACAAAAAGACAAAGGGUAAGACUCAACCUGCUAAGCCUGCUCCUGCUUCUUCAAGAGAAUACUCAACUACUUAUGAUGACUUUGAUGAUUUCAUGUAAAAUAAAAUAUACAAACA